CCUCGCUCUUGAUUCCCGUCGGUUGUGUUUUGCUGAACCACCGGAAGUCUUACAUUUUUGUUCCCAUUCAACAGUUGCAGCAGCAUGGUUUGACUAAAUGUAAAGAUAUAUAUUAACCUGCUUAAAUUGUAAAAGAAAAAUGGCUACAAAACGGAAAGUAGAAGUGAUGGUGCCUGCUGAAGAGAGCGACCAGCUUAUUGUUCGCCCGCUGGGCGCUGGUCAGGAGGUCGGAAGAUCGUGCAUCAUCCUGGAGUUUAAAGGCAGGAAAAUAAUGUUGGAUUGUGGUAUUCACCCUGGCUUGGAGGGAAUGGACGCCCUGCCUUACAUAGAUUUAAUCGACCCAGCUGAGAUUGACCUGCUGCUCAUCAGCCACUUCCAUUUGGAUCACUGUGGAGCCCUGCCCUGGUUCCUCCAAAAGACCAGCUUCAAAGGCAGGACGUUCAUGACCCACGCCACAAAAGCCAUCUACCGCUGGUUGCUGUCGGACUACGUCAAAGUCAGCAACAUUUCUGCUGAUGACAUGCUCUACACUGAGACAGACCUGGAGGAGAGCAUGGACAAAAUUGAGACUAUUAACUUUCACGAGGUCAGAGAAGUUGCCGGAAUUAAGUUCUGGUGUUACCACGCUGGUCAUGUGCUGGGAGCUGCCAUGUUCAUGAUCGAGAUCGCUGGAGUCAAGCUGCUGUACACAGGAGACUUCUCUCGACAGGAGGACAGACAUCUGAUGGCAGCUGAGAUCCCCAGUGUCAAACCUGACAUCUUGAUCAUUGAGUCAACUUACGGCACACACAUCCAUGAAAAGAGGGAAGAACGUGAAGCUCGGUUCUGCAACACAGUCCAUGACAUUGUCAAUAGGGAGGGUCGAUGUUUAAUCCCCGUGUUUGCCCUGGGACGAGCUCAAGAGCUGCUGCUCAUCCUGGAUGAGUAUUGGCAGAACCACCCGGAGCUCCACGAUAUUCCCAUCUACUACGCAUCAUCCCUGGCCAAGAAGUGCAUGGCCGUGUACCAGACCUACGUCAACGCAAUGAACGACAAGAUCCGCAAGGCCAUAAACAUCAACAACCCUUUUGUCUUCAAACACAUCAGCAACCUGAAGAGUAUGGAUCAUUUUGACGACAUCGGUCCCAGCGUGGUGAUGGCGUCUCCAGGUAUGAUGCAGAGCGGCCUGUCCAGAGAGCUGUUCGAGAGCUGGUGCACUGAUAAGAGGAACGGUGUCAUCAUCGCUGGAUACUGUGUGGAGGGAACCCUGGCCAAGCACAUCAUGUCCGAGCCCGAGGAGAUCACCACCAUGUCGGGACAGAAGCUGCAGCUGAAGAUGUCCGUGGACUACAUCUCCUUCUCGGCUCACACAGACUACCAACAAACCAGCGAAUUCAUCAGAGCGCUCAAACCACCGCACGUGAUCCUGGUCCACGGGGAACAGAACGAAAUGGCCCGUCUGAAGGCUGCUCUGAUCAGAGAGUACGAAGAUAAUGACCAGGUUCACAUCGAAGUCCACAACCCUCGCAACACAGAAGCCGUGGCGCUCAACUUCAGAGGAGAGAAACUGGCCAAGGUGAUGGGCUGCCUGGCUGAUAAAAAAUGUGUUCAGGGUGAGAGGGUGUCGGGUAUACUGGUGAAGAAGAACUUCAACUACCACAUUCUCAGUCCCUCUGACUUGUCCUUGUACACAGAUCUGUCCAUGAGCACAGUCAAACAGACACAGGCCAUUCCCUUCACUGGACCUUACUCACUGCUCGUCUGCCACCUGAGGAACCUGACUGGUGAUGUGGAAGAGGUGGAAGCCACAGAGAAAAACACGUUAAAGCUCUUUAAAAAUAUCGCUCUGACACAUGAAGGUGGCAUGGUGCUGCUGGAGUGGAUAGCAAACCCUCUGAACGACAUGUACGCUGAUGCUGUCACCACUGUAGUGCUGGAGGUCCAGUCCAACCCCAAGGCUCAGAAAGUCAUGGAGGCACAGGGAGAAGUUAUGGACGCUGAUGUCUUCCAGUCCAGACUAGAAGUCAUGCUGCAGGACAUGUUUGGAGAAGACUGCGUGGAUUUCGUUGACCGUAAAAACAUCUCCCUAACAGUAGAUGGGAAGACAGUUCUAAUCUGCCUGGAAACCAGGUCCGUUUGCAACGCAGAGGAAGGCGCCGCAGAGGACGACUCCUUCAGGGAGACGGUGGAACUCGCUGUGCAGCGGCUCGACGCUCUCAACCCGGUCAUGUGACGACAGACUGGACUUUAGGUCUGCUUUAAAGUCAGCCGCCAGGUUUUUCAUACACUGUUAAUAAACGUAAAAAAGGUUAACCAUAUUUGUGUGUGGAGAGUUAAGAAAGCAGCUGGUGCUGGAUGAGUCUGGCAUCUGUGUGGGAGUCAUCUGUAAUAAUAAUAAUGAUUCAGUUCCUAAACAUACAACUGACCAUUGGACCAAACUAUUUUUUUUUUACUAGUAUGUGUUUUCAUGCUAUUUUCCAGCUAAUGUUUUGAUUUUGUCUUGACUGAAUGCAGAGACUAAAACAGGAAACAGAGAAUGAUGACAAUUCAUUCAUUUCUUUAUUACCUCAAAAAUAAACCCUUCUUUUUACAAUAAA